GGGAGGGAGGAGGGUCGGAGCAUCUUGGCUGCGGUGUUUUUGUCUCCCGUCAGUGAGCGCUCCUGGGCCGAGAAGGUUGAAAGGAUUUCCACAGAGGGGGCAGGUGUUGACUGUUUGAGGGAAAGAGACGGGAGGAAGAGUGAGGAGCCUGGGGAGGAGACAUCCCAUCCUCACAGCGCAAGCAGCUGGUGAGAGUUUGUGUGUGACUGAAAAGCAGCGCUGGUUCGUCAUGGCUCAGGUGCUGCACAUGGACCCCGGCUUCCCAGGGAAACUCAACUCGCCUGCUCCUCCGACACUGCACACCAAAGAACAGGAGGCGCCCUACUCAGUGGAGACCCCCUAUGGCUACCGUCUGGACCUGGACUUCCUCAAAUAUGUUAACGACAUAGAAAAGGGGAACACUAUCAAAAAGGUGCCUAUACAGCGCCGGCCGCGCUAUGGCUCCCUGCCUCGGGGCUACGGCUACGCUGGCUCCUGGUGGACCUCCACAGAGUCUCUCUGCUCCAAUGCGAGCAUGGAGAGCAGGCAUUCCUCUUAUUCCUACUGUGCCCCAGGCUACCACACAUCACAGAGGCCCAGCUUUAGUACGGCCCGGGUGGAGAAAACCCUUUUAGAUGCACGCAGGAAGCUGGAGGAGGAGAAAGAAGGGCGGAGGUUCUCCAACCUUGGCUGCAUGAACAACAGCGUGGCAGGCUCCAACACCUCGCUCAGCAGUGCGCACAGCUUCAACCGGGCACAUGGUGGAGGCGGGGCCUACACUCCUUUGAGCUCGGGCCUAUCAACACCAGUGACUCCGACCCCUGCGCAUUUGCAACAUGUCAGAGAGCAGAUGGCUGCAGCCCUCAGGAAGAUAAAGGAUCUGGAGGAGCAGGUGAAGACCAUCCCGGUGCUCCAAGUUAAAAUCUCUGUGUUGCAGGAGGAGAAACGGCAGCUCAGUGUCCAGCUAAAGAGCCAGAAGUUUCUUGGACACACUCUGGGCUUUAGCCGAGGCCGACCCCGCGGCGAGCUUUACAUCGACAUUCCUGAGGAGGAGGUGGGCGCGGGAGCUAAAAGCACCGACAAGGCUGCAGAGCCACUGUCUCCGACUGAAGCCUCGAAGCAGGAUUCAGGCUGUGAAAUCGAGGACACAGUGAUUGUGGGCGGAGCCCGGCCUGAUGCUAAGCGAGAAGUUCGCACCGUUGGAGUUGGACCAGAAGCGUCUGUGGGCAGUCGCGACGUGGGGGUCUGGGUUCGGGAGAAGGAUCUGGGGCUCCUCCCUGAGGCCGAGACGCUCAAAGAUCAAGUUGGUCAGCUCGAGGGCAAGCUAAAGAGGACUCUGCAAGAGCUGCAGGCUGCGCAACUCCACAAGGCUCCCAAGGUGGAGCAUCCAGUCAUGGCAACCAGCACGGGAUGGCAAGAACCACAAGGGAACAGCCUGCACACUCUGGUCAGCUUCACGCAGCAGCCACAGCAGAGGGAACAGAGAACUGUGGGGAUCCAGGUGUACACACUGGAGAAACCUACCGUGGUGGAGGUGGGCACGCUGCUCCGAGCAGAGACCUGCAGCUCUCCCUCACCCCAGCCAGCGGGCGGAGUCGCAGAGGGUCACCACAAAAGACAAGCCGAAGCUCCCGUUGAGUUACCGAUUGCGGUCAGCUCCAAGCAGGUUCGUGACGUCCUGAAAAGUGGAUUGUCCACCUCUGUACCUGUCAGUAAUCCGGCCGUCGUUGUAGCAUCUGGCGAUCAGAUCGGUUUGGUGCAAACCAACGAAGAGUCUCACGAGGGCUGUUCCAAAGCAGCCUCAUCUCCUCAGUCCUCGCUGAGAUCAAUUAUGAAGCGGAAAGCAGAAGGUGAACCAGGCUCCCCCUCUACAAAGAAAAACCUGCAGUUCAUUGGAGUCAACGGAGGCUAUGAGUCCACCUCUUCAGAUGAUAGCAGCAGUGAGAGCUCAGACGAUGGGAGCGACUCCAGUGAAUAUCAUGAAGCAAGAGAAAAACUUCCAGAGUCCAACAACCAGCACCAGCACAUUCCUGUUAGUAAGACUUCCCAGACCCAAGAAGAAAGCACCAGUGUACCUCAACAAACUGCCAUACAAAUACCAGCUACAAUCCACUUGCAGCAUAGCUCCAGCCAGCCUGCAGCAGUGGACACAAAACUGUCAGAAAACGCUCCUCCGUCACCAGCGACGGACUCUGAUGAGCGACAACGUGCCUCCCAAACCUCACCGACACAUUCCUCCUCAGCACCUCCAGCCAAGGAUCCUGCCUCCACUGCUGACCAGCUAUCAGAUAAGCACACCGUCUCCCCUGGGAGCACUUCCACAUCGCCGAACGCCGAAUCCGCACCAAACGCCAUUAAGUGUUCUUCAACUUGUGUCACUAAAUCUACUGAGCUCACCGCUCAGUCAGAGUCGUCCACCCCCGCCUGUCAGCCAGAGUCCAAAGCGGCAGCCGAGAGUGUCAAACACGACUCUUCUAAACCAGUCAGGCUGGAGCUGAGUGAAAGCCUGAUGUCGGCGCUGUAUACUCUGCAGAAAGCCCUCGGGGAGCCCAAUGCUUUCAGCCAACAGUCAGCAAGGACAGCCUACACCAUCGUCCUACAGGAGUGGCUGCGUGUGUCCUGUCACAAAGCAGCCAACACAGCGGUUGUCAAGGCCUACAUGGACACCUUUGCCUCCAUCUCCCCUCAGCUGCUGGAAUUUGUGAUCAACAUGGCGGACGGCAACGGCAACACAGCGCUCCACUACACCGUCUCUCACUCCAACUUCCCUGUGGUGAAACUUCUGCUGGACACUGGCCUGUGCAAUGCUGACAAGCAGAACAAGGCGGGCUACACAGCCAUCAUGUUGACGGCUCUGGCUGCCUUUCACUCUGACAGCGACCUCCAGACUGUCCUGCAGCUGCUGCGCACCGGGGAUGUCAACGCCAAAGCCAGCCAGGCUGGUCAGACGGCGCUGAUGCUCGCAGUGAGUCAUGGACGAGGGGACAUGGUUCGGGCGCUGCUGUCCUGUGGCGCUCAGGUCAACAUCCGCGAUGACGAUGGCUCCACUGCCCUCAUGUGCGCCUGUGAACACGGACACGUGGACAUCGUUCGCCAGCUGCUCUCCGUCCCAGGCUGUGACGCAACACUCACUGAUAAUGACGGCAGCACCGCUCUGUCCAUCGCCCUGGAGGCCAGUCAAAACGACAUCGCUGUACUUCUGUAUGCUCACCUUAACUUUGCAAAGCCUCCGUCACCUGUGUCACCCAAGGCUCCUCUCUUGGGUUCCUCUCCUCCAUCUGGUGAACCAAAAUAAACCACACUCCUGCAGCCUCAUGGCGAUUCCACUCAUGUUUCUCCAUCCAUGCGAUUUAGAAAAACGUUUGUUCAUGUGUUUGUUUCACCCUGAAUGUUUCCAGGUACAUUGUGUUGUGCGUAUAAUCACAUGACAGCUUAAACCAUUGUCGUAUGUUAAGUUGUUUUGUUUUGUUUUUUUCUCGUCUUUGCUUGUUGUUUUGAAAUCUCAGUUGUGGCGGGGGCGUAUACAGUAGGUAGUCUCAUCAGUCUAGCAUUGUAACAUUUCAGUUCUCUACACUGUUUGUGGUGGCACUUACAAGUCAAAACUGUAAACCAAAUUUCAUUGUCCGGGUUAUUGUGGCUCAUUUCUCAUUUCAAUCACAACCCAUCUCAUUUUUGAUGCUAUUGGGGGGCAAUUCACACGUGUAAAACAAGCUGUUCUGCAUUAUGUGUGCCCAUUACUGCCAUGUGUAAAAACAAAAGCCAGCCCUCUCAUAAAUAAGUGUCCUUGCAUCAACUAGCUAAUUGGUGCUACUGAAUAAAAACACAAAAGACACCACCUCCAUUUUAUGUCGAUAUUUAGACACGGGAUUUAUUUACACCAGAGUAUUUUUAUAUUACGUUUUUUUUAAUUAUCACUUUUUUCAGGACCUCUAAUGAUUAUGAUUUUAUUUCCCAGGCAGUGGGAGACUUAGGCGAAUACAAAUUUUAUGCAUUGGCAAAUUAUACCAAAAGAUUUGUCUAUACCCUCAACUUUAAGACUGUGUAAUACACAGACUUCUUAAAUUUAUAGUCAGGAAGAUAUCCUCAGCAGUGGUAAGAAGAGAUGAGAUUGUAUCUGUUUAUGCAACGUGUGUUUUGUAAGACUAACUGGGUUGAACGGUGACUGAAAGUGCUAAAGAAGCUCGUGGUCUUGUCAGGGAAACAGGAAGUGGAUGUUCUGAGUCUUGAAAGUGUGUAAGAUAAAAAUACUGAAAUAAUAUAUGUCAACGCAAACUCAGAAUGGUUAUGCCUGAAGUCUAACUCAACAAAAGUGCAUUGGCUGUUGAUGUCAAAAUGUCUAUUACUUUUUAAGGAUUUUUUUCACCUUUUUUUUCAUAUCCACUUUUUAGUGAAAAAAUUUUGAUAAACUUUGGAGAUUUUAAUUUAAGUACCUAUCUUUUUUAUACACAUAGAAUUUUUAACCUCACUCCAGUUGUUUGUAAUAGCACAGCUCUGUUUUUUCUUCUGUAAAUUAUAGACUGUCUAGUCUCUGUAAUAUGUGUGUUUUUGAAAAACAGUUACUUAAUAAAUGUGCAACUCCUG